CGGGACGAGCUGCGUGUAGGUUUUGAUCGGUCGUUCUUUCUUGUUUUAUUACUACAAAACUGACAGUUUAUCAAAAAGUAGGGUUAAAUUGUCUUCUUUAUAGCGUUCAAACAUGAGGUUGGAUACUCCAGAAAUCGCUUGGCAUGGAAAAGAGCCAAUCUUGAGCGUUGAUUUUAGCAAAGUAGGAUCAACAUGGCGACUUGCUUCCGCUGGAGCAGAUAACGAUGUCAAGAUCUGGUCGAUAAAUUCCAGUGAAGAUCAGCAUACAAAAAUCGAAUUUUUAGCCAAUUUGAGUCGCCAUACAAAGGCUGUGAACGUGGUGAAAUUUUCACCUAAAGAAGAAAUUCUAGCUUCUGGUGGAGAUGACUCUAUGAUUAUUCUAUGGAAGCUCAAUAAUUCCCCUGAUCAGAAUACUAAUGACAUAUUUAUGGAAACGGAUGACGUACAAAACAAGGAAUCUUGGACCUUUCACAAAGCUCUGAGAGGCCACAUAGAGGAUGUUUAUGAUCUAUGCUGGUCUCCAGAUGGCAGCAACCUUAUCUCAGGAUCUGUCGACAACAGUGCCAUUAUUUGGGAUAUUUUGAAAGGUCAAAAGCUCAUCAUUCUAAAGGAUCACAAACAUUACGUCCAAGGUGUGUGCUGGGAUCCACUCGGUCAAUAUGUGGUGACAAAUUCCAGUGACAGGAGUUGCAGGCUGUACAAUCCCAAUUCAUAUCGCUGUUGUUACAACAUAACCAAGUUAUUGGUCAAUGGAUCUCAAAAGACGGCUGAAAAUGGAGAGCUCUUUAAGCAAGGAAAAAUGUUUCAUGAUGAGACCAUGCCAUCCUUUUUCCGUCGACCAAGUUAUUCACCCGAUGGCUCUUUGCUUAUAGUCCCAGCUGGCAGACUUGAUGUUGGUGAUCAGGUGGUUAAUACAACUUAUGUUUUCACGCGUGCAUCACCUAACAAGCCAGUCCUCUAUCUUCCAAGUCCUCAAAAGGCCACCGUGGCAGUGCGCUGUUGCCCAAUCCUUUUUGAACUAAGACAAGAUAAUGCCAAAAGUGAAGAAAAGUCUGCAAAGAGUCUUUUCAAGUUGCCGUACCGUAUGGUGUUUGCUAUGGCAACAUUGGACUCAAUCCUGCUGUAUGACACUCAACAGACAGCUCCAUUUGGCUACAUUGGCAAUAUUCACUAUGCAGCUCUUACUGAUGUGGCCUGGUCCAACGAUGGAAGCAUGCUUGUAGUUUCUUCUUCUGAUGGCUACUGCUCCAUUGUUCACUUUAAAAGAGAUGAGCUUGGUGUGCCUUACAGCCUGUCGGUCAAACAAGUGUUGGAAAGAAGCAGCUCUCCAUUGCCACAAAAUUCUGAUACUCCAGGUAAAAUCGCUAAAAAGCCAACAUCAACCUCAUCUGCAGAAAAAGACAGCAAUGAGGAAAAGGUGGACAAGCCUCAGACUAUAACCAAGAAAGAACCAGUUGGUAGGAUAAGCAUGUUUACUGUGCCAAUGAAGAUCACACCAACUAAACCUGCCAGCAAAGUGACCCCCAAGAGAAUCACACUGACAUCAGCCCCUGUUAAGCCAUCAUCUAUCAAUCCAACUGUACCAGGAUCAGGUAGCCAGGCCACUCCUGGUCACUUGCAGAACAUCCAGCCAGUUACAAACGUUGCAGGAUUACAGACAAGCCCAGCUGCCCCCAGACGGGUGACCUUAACACCACUUCAAGGACAGUUAAAUGCAAGCAGUUCUCCCAUGGUAAAUGAAAGAAGUCAGAUUACACCUAGGCGUGUCCCACUCAUGCCAGUAGCAAAAAGCCAAUUGGAUGAAAGCCUUGACAAAAACAAACCCACUGCCCAGGUAACUCCUAGGCAUAUAGCUCUGACACCAGUGGUUAGCACAUCCACAGACAACACAACAACUUCAAUACAGGAACCAAACUUGGUGCCUGGACACGUACAGACUUCAAAUGCAAUGGACUGCAAAUGUUCAUCCAAUGGGGAUGGACACACUGUCUCAUCAACAUCUUCAGUUGAUGCUACAAAAAGGGAUACCAGCCCUCCGCAAACAUCCGCUACCCCCCAAAUCAUACCUAGUACCACACCAAGGAGAGUGUCACUAACCACUCUAACCACUGAUGUUGGUAAAGACCACACAAGUGGAACAGCACAACCAAGCCAGUCAGCGGAAACAUGUUCUAGGCCAGGUUACAAAGAACAUGAUACCUCUGUAGACCAACAGGUUCCUCAGCAAAAAGAACCCAACGAGAGUGCUGCAUCAAGUUGCACAAAUACAGAGCCUUCUGUGAUUCAACCGAUUUUAGCGGAGAAACCCAUUGGCAGUUCUCAGCCAAGAAGAGUAGCACUCACACCUGUUCCCAUGGAAACCAAGGCACAAUCCAUAACAUCUCUCAUUGACAAGGAAAAUAACAAAAUCAAUCAAUUUGCAAUGACCAAUGACCAAGCACAACCUAAAAGAGUAACUCUAAUGACUCUUGCACCUCUUGGAAGUGAAAAUACACAGAUCAAGCAGCAACAAAGCAGUGCUGAGAAGUGCCACAUUCCCAGGAGGCCCAUUCCUUUAGAACCUACAGUUAUAGUACUAGAUGAUUAACAACUGAAAAAAAACUUGAAAACAGACUGUCUCAUGCAAAUAAUAUUAGGGAUGUUAUGAAUUAGUCAUACUGGAAACAUUUUCAUGAAAAUGUUAACUGCCAUGUGGAUACCUCACUAUAGCAGACAUUCAAUAGCUCCCACUUCUAUGGUCUGUCGCUGACUCACUAUUACGGGCACCAAUGACUUCGAUUGAAUUCCUUAACAGAUCUUGUUCACUACAUAAAACUGAAACUUUUACAAAGAGUGUUUCGUUCACUAUGAGAAAUUGGUCACAUGUCUGUAUCUCUACAUGGACAACUUUCAGAAAAAGACAUUGAAAAACCUCUAAGAGUUGUUGUAAAGUCGAUUACCUCACUGGUGUAAAUCUUGACUAAACACAUACCAUCACUGUUCAGAAGUCAUGAAAUCAUAAAAAAUUAACAAAUUACUGGUGUACGGUUUAUUGAGUCUAGCGAUUACACCAAUAGUCUUUGAAAGGUUUAACAUUGUUCGGAUGAAAUUUUAAAAGAUGAAGUAAACACAGCAAAGCUCAUGCUCAAAGAUCCUGGUGGGCUCCAAAAUCCCACUUUGGUAGUUUGUCGUUAUUCCGUGAAAUUGAGUACUUUGUGGCAUGAAUGAGACACGUAAACGUUUCAGAGAAAAUCAGGGUUGAAGAAAGCAUUCCCUGUUCAACUCCUAUUGACAAAGGUACGGUGGCCCCAAAAAAAAAAUAUUUAUCCCAGUACAAAAAUAUUUAUCCCAAUACAAAAAUAUUUAUC